CCAUCAGACCACUUCCUCUCUCUUGGGGCAGGAAUCCUCUGCUUUUCGGGACAAAACCCAUUGUCCUGAGCUUUCCUCUCUCUGUGUGAACCCGAAGCAAAAACCGCCCGCUUGUGGGUGCACGAUUCUUAACGUACACUUAUCUCUGCGUCUUCCCAGAUCCCAUUGCUCAGUGCGUUUGUCUGCUAAACACGAUUGCUUAUUGCCUUCUUCGUCUUCCUCAUGAUUGCUUUGUCCAUACAGCUCUGUGAACCUGCCUGUAACUCAGCCACAUUUGCGAGAUAAGGCCUCUGUGCCACUGCCACUGUCUCUUCCAUGGAGAUUUCUUAUUGGGUUUGUGUUGUUUCGAUAGUUCUCUGCCUUUUCGCAUCUGGGUCUCUCUCAAUUGAGAAUUUUCACCAAGCAUUUCCUAUUGUGGAACCAGAUCCUGGUCAUACAAAACUUCGUCUUUCAAGGGAAGGGUUGGAGGCCAUUGAAAGAAUAACAACUCCAAUUGCAGCUGUUGCCGUUAUUGGGCCAUAUCGCUCUGGAAAAUCUUUUUUGCUCAACCAACUGCUCUCCCUUUCUUGUUAUGAAGGGUUUGGUGUUGGACACAUGCGUGACACAAAGACAAAAGGAAUUUGGGUAUGGGGAACCCCAGUAGAAAUGGAUAUUAAUGGAGUAAAAACUUCUGUGUUUUAUCUUGAUACUGAGGGAUUUGAAAGUGUUGGGAAGUCAAACGUAUAUGAUGACCGGAUUUUUGCUCUGGCAACUGUCAUGAGUUCUGUCCUUGUUUAUAACCUGGCUGAGACGAUACGCGAAGCUGACAUUGCUCGGUUGUCAUUUGCUGUUGAGCUUGCUGAAGAAUUUUAUGGAAGAGUGAAGGGACAAGAUGUUGCUUUUGAACCUGCAAAGCUAUUGUGGCUUAUCCAGCGUGAUUUUUUGCAAGGGAAAUCUGUGGAAGACAUGGUGCAUGAAGCUCUCCUUCAUGUCCCUAACAGUGAUGGCAACAAGAAUAUUGAUAUGGUCAACCAGAUCCGAGAUUCUUUGGCUAUUAUGGGUGAUAAUAGCACAGCCUUCAGUUUACCACAACCUCACCUUCAACGAACUAAACUCUGUGACAUGAAGGAUGGUGAACUUGACCCGAUGUAUGUUAAAAAAAAGGAACAACUAAAACAACUUGUGGCUAGUAUCAUCCGUCCAAAGAUUGUGCAGGGAAGACCUCUAAACGGAAAGGAGUUUGUAUCUUUUCUGGAGCAGAUUCUUGAAGCCUUGAACAAGGGGGAGAUCCCAUCAACAGGCUCUCUGGUGGAGGUAUUCAACAAGGGUAUUCUUGAGCGAUGUUUAAAGCUAUACAAUGAAAGGAUGGCAAAAUUGACUUUACCUCUUAUAGAGCAAUCUUUGCAAGAAUACCAUGAAAGGUCCCUGGAGGAAGUGAUGAAACUUUUUGAGGAGCAACAUUUUGGCCGUCACCAUGCAAAGAAAUCAGUCGAGCAACUAGAAGAAGAAAUAGAAAAGGUGCAUAAAAAUGUGAUCAUGGCAAAUGAAUAUCGGUCUUCAAAGCUCUGUGAGGCAUUGUAUACCAGAUGUGAGGAUAAAAUGGACCAACUUCAAGUUCUCAGACUUCCUUCCAUGGCAAAAUUCAAUGCAGGAUUCCUGCAGUGCAACCAAAGUUUUGAGCAAGAGUGUGUUGGACCUGCAAAAACAAACUACGAGCAUCGAAUGAUGAAGAUGUUGGGGAAGUCACGGUCUCUAUUUAUAAAAGAAUACAAUCACAGGCUCUUCAAUUGGUUGGUCGCCUUCUCCCUUGUCAUGGUGGUCGUUGGCAGGUUUAUUAUAAAGUUUAUUUUGAUCGAAAUCGGGGCCUGGGUCCUCUUCAUCUUCUUAGAGACAUACACGAGGAUGUUUUGGUCUGCAGAAUCUCUUUACUACAAUCCAGUUUGGCAUGUAAUAGUGGCCACUUGGGAAACACUUGUUUACAGCCCCGUCCUUGAUCUGGACAGAUGGGCUAUACCAGCUGGUGUCAUAGUAGCUCUGUUUGUACUAUACUGGCGGUGUAACGGAAGAAGGAAACACGGGUCUUCAUGGUUACUACCUCUGUACAAUAAUAACAAAGGCGGUCCGAAUCGGCCAAGAUCAGACUAAAGAAGAGAAGUGAUGGCAUGCUUCAAGUGCUGGAUAUAUCAUAUACUUGUGUUUGGAUCAUUGUCUUGGGCGAGCUUUGUCUAUUUUUGUACACAAAGCCCUCCUGGCACUUGCAGUUCUUUUGGUUCUCAAAUGUCAAAAUAGAUGAAAGAUCAUAUGGUCAAGGGCUGCUCGUAUACGUCUAACUGUAACAAUUCCAAAUUGUUUGUAUUAAAAUUAUUUUUUUUAUUAAUUAUUUCAGUAAUUUCUAUUGAAUUUGCCGGUACAUUAAAAUUGGAAUUGUAUAACAUUAGUGUUUCAAAGAAAGAAGGAAACAGAGAAAUGUAAUGAAAUAGAAGCAAAUGUUCAUUCUA